AUGUUGGAGGGGCAGCAGAGGCUGGAGGGGCAGCAGUUGGGAAGGUUGGAGGGGCAGCAGCUGGAGGUUGAGGGGCAACAGCUGCAGGAGGUUGGAGGGGCAGCAGCUGUGGGAGGUUGGAGGGGUAGCAGCUGCGGGAGGUUGGAGGGGCAGCAGCUGCAGGAGGUUGGAGGGGCAGCAGCUGUGGGAGAGUGUGUCGGUCUGCCGUGCACUGUGGUUGUUCCCAAAGGUGCCCCCAAGGUCAAAUGUGAUGCCAUCCUUAGUUAUGGGGCUGAACUUGUGUUAUGUGACCCCACACCUGCCUCCAGGAAGGACACUUGUGCCAGAGUGGCAGAGGAGACUGGGAAAACAAUAAUUCAUUCAUCAGACAACUAUAACGUCAUAGCUGGUCAGGGAACAAUUGCCAUGGAACUUUUGGAUGAGGUUCCAGAUCUUGAUGCAAUUCUCAUACCCACAAGUGGAGGAGGCAUGUUGGCAGGUGUCUCUCUAGCUGCACGUAGCAUGCAACCAAAAUGCCAGGUGUAUGCUGUAGAACCCGUGGGUAAGAACCUUCAGAGGUGUCUCGAGGCGAAGCAGAUGCUAUGGCCAGACUCUCCAAGCUUCCUGAACACUGUGGCAGACUCCAUUAGGUUACAGGCAAUUGGUCACCUGGCAUUUCCCAUCAUCUGUGACAAUGCAAACUCCAGAGUCUUCACAGUUACUGAUGACCAGAUGAUUGAAGGAAUGAAACUUUCUUUUGAGCGCCUGAAGCAAGUUGUUGAGGCUGCUUCAGGAGCAGGAGUGUAUGCUGCACUCAAUUUAAUAAAUGACGUUCAACCAAUGGCACGCAAGGUUGGGGUUAUACUGUGUGGGGGCAAUGUUGACUUAGAAAACCUUCCAUGGAUAGCAGCUACAACCUCUUAUUAACCAUAGUCAUAAUAUAUGCGAUAUGUAGGCAGUGUAGACUUAACUUAUUUUAUGAGCUCACAGUCUUGAGUCUGUGGUGCUUUUGUGAUAGCAUGGUGUGCAGUAAUAAGUUUCUCACUCA